AUGUCUUUCCUUCAUAAUCAUUCUUGUGAGUGCGUUAAGUCAGAAUUGGAUUUGUUUGCACUACCGUCUACACAAACUAGCAUUGAAAAUGGAUUGUGGAUUCAUUAUAAACCAAUUUCAUCUCUUGGUGAUGAUGGACCUAUCGAGUUUCAAGUUCCUGGGACCGGCGAUGACUACAUAGAUUUGUCUCAUACAUUACUCCACAUAAAGGCAAAAGUAUUAAAUCAAGAUUCAACUAACUUGGUAUCUACUACAAUAGUAGCACCUGUAAAUAAUUGGCUGCAUUCACUUUUUAGUCAACUUGAUGUUUAUUUAAACCAAAAACUUGUAUCACCACCUAAUAAUACCUAUGCAUAUCGAGCAUACAUGGAAACCCUUUUAAACUAUGCCCCUGCUGCUAAACAAUCUCAUCUUACUUGUAGUCUUUGGUAUGAGGAUACAGCAGGAAAAAUGGAUUCUACAGAUGGUAAAAACAUAGGAUUUGUUAAAAGACAGGAAUUGAUUAGUGAAAGUAAGGAAAUAGAAAUGAUUGGUCAUCUUCACGGUGACAUUUUUAACCAAGAUAAAUUUUUAAUUAAUGGUGUUGAAAUGAGUGUUAAAUUGGUUCGAUCAAGAGAGAGUUUUAAUUUAAUUGUUGGGUCAAACGAUGUAAAGUUUAAAGUUUGCAUUAAGGACGCAACUCUUAUUGUUCGACGAGCACGAAUUAAUCCAAGUGUAUUACUCGCACAUCAAAAAGUUUUAGCUUCUACCACUGCUAAAUAUCCUAUUACUCGAGCUGAAGUAAAAGUUUUAACAAUUCCUUCGGGUGUUCAAGGAAAAACUCUUGAUAAUAUAUUUUUAGGACAGGUACCGAAAAGAUGUAUAAUUGGAUUUGUGAACAAUUCUGCAUUUAAUGGUUCCCUUACUAAAAAUCCAUUUAACUUUGAAAACUAUGGUAUUAAUUCUUUCAGCUUAUAUAUUGAUGGUCAACAAAUACCUUCAAAAGCUUUGCAACCAUCUUUUAAUAAUAGCAUAUUUACAUCAGCAUAUCAUACUCUAUUCUCGGGAACUGGUAUUCACUUUCUUAAUGAAGGAAAUGGAAUCUCUUGUGAACAGUAUGGCAAAGGUUACUGUCUAUUAGCAUUUGACUUAACUCCUGAUUUAUCAGCUAACUCAUCAACUCAUUGGAAUCUCAUAAAGCAUGGUAGUGUAAGAGUAGAAGUACGAUUUGAAUCCUCAUUAAUACAAACAAUUAACUGUAUAGUUUAUGCUGAGUUUGAUAAUAUUAUUGAGGUAGAUAAAAACAGAAAUGUUACUGUAGACUAUAGUAGUUAA